AGGUAGAUAUAAUCAUCUAGAAGCCCAUCCUCUGUUUCCCACUUUCCCUCUCAAUCACAGUCUCCAUUUUUGGAUUUCCCCCCUUUUCCCCCAAUGAAGUCGAUCAAGAGGAAGCAACCGUUUCUUGAUCUUCCGAUCAUCUUCCUCCUAAUCGCCGCCGCCGCCGCCUUUCUCCCUACUCCGGCGAAAGCGAUCCCAACUGACUCACUCGACUACGUCCUGUACUUCCUCCGCAGCCGCGGCCACUCUCUGUUCGCCAAUGCGAUCUCCACCUCCGAUCUCCUCUUCGACGUCCUCUCCCUCCCUUCCCUCACUCUCUUGCCUCCUGUCGAUCCGGCGCUCUUCGCGAUCGACAUGACCGAAUCGCCGGAGCUAUACCUCGCCGUUCUCCGCCUCCACGUCCUUCCGUAUCGCAUCGACCUCCGCUACCUCCAGAACAAUGCUUCGCUCCACACUCUGGUUCCCUCCCGCCGCCUCCACGCCACCAGAGCAGAUCCGCCAGCCGCAGCCGCCGCCGCUCUUCAUCUUGACGGCGUGAAGGUCCUCUUCCCCGCUCUGUUCGACUCCAGCAUUGUCGCCGUCUACGGAUUGCAAGGUGUGCUUCCUGCUCGCGUCGUCUCCGUCACAGACUCACCUCCGUUUCAGUGGUUCCGUCCUCCGCCAGUCACUCCACGGAAUCGGAAUUGGAAUCGGAAUGCGACGGUGAUUCCUCCUCUGGUUCCAGCUGCCGGGCCGGCUCCGUUUACACGCCCGAUUUCCCCGCGCCGAGUUCCGAGAUCAAGCGGAACGAAUUCUCCAUUGCCGGAUAACAGACCGGUGGUCCUUUCUCCUCCUCCUCCUCCAGUGAAUCUAACGGAUUCACCAGAAUCAGCGCCGGGAGAUUCGGUUCUUGGUGUUCAUCCGUUUGGGCGAAAUGUAACUGUUCAAACGAAUCAGACGAGUCUUCCUUCGGCUGAUUACGGGGCCCCUGCUCUUCCUCCAAUUUCGACUCCUGGCAACAACUCCGCCGUUCCUCCUGUUCGUGCUAAUCGUGGCGGCGCUCCUGCUUUUCCUCCAAUUGACGGGAGCAGUCCGACGGCUCAGAUUAGUUUGCCUCCGGCCAUCAGCGACAAUUUUCUUCCUCCAGAGCAAGAAGUUGAUAAUCAGACGGCUUUCGGUGUCCCUCCGAUUUUACCACCAUCUUCAGUCGACGGCGCUUCGAUUGCUCUCCCUCCCAGUCCGGUGUCCGUGGUGGAAACUCUGCCGCCGGCUGUUUGUCCUCCAGUUAACCUGACUGAAGUGGCGGUUAUGGUCCCGGCGGGUCAAUCUCCGCAAGAAUCGGCUGCAAAAACAUCGCCGUCUCCAGGCGUCGGAGAUGGUGAUUGGCCGGGACACAACGUCGGCGAAGCCACAGCCUCCGGCAACGACUAUCCGUUCCCGAAGAGAGACGACGACGAGGACUGGGAAGUGCCUGCCGGGGAAUUGGCCGAGGUCACCCUUGGACCGGCGGGGGACCACGUCAGCACUCGGGAUGAUUACGCAAUGCUGAGCCCCGACGGUGUGGAGUAUCCAUGAUGUGGGCUAUUUCGUAAAGCUGGGUUUGUAUUGGGCUUUGAGUAUUUGUUGGGCCGGAACAAGAGAGCUAGUGGCCUUUUUCUUUUCACUGGAUCUUAAACCACUGGACGUGAACUGUAAAGAAUCUGAGCUCUUCCUUUUCUGAAUGAAACUGCACCGUUCAUGUUAACAUGAGGUGCUGCUCCACUUUCGACCCUGCAAUUCAUCCUUCCAUUCAUGUUUACAUGUUACUUUGAAAGACAAUCAAAUGCUUUUCUAAAU